AUGGAACUUGUUCUACCAACCAUCUUUGUAACCAUUUCAUAUUGGAUGGGUGGUCUUAAGCCUUCACUCAUCACAUUCGUGCUAACAGUUCUAAUCAUUCUUUUCAAUGUGCUCGUUUCACAAGGACUUGGACUAGCCCUGGGAGCCAUACUUAUGGACCUAAAACAAGCAACCACCUUGUCAUCCGUGAUCAUGCUUGUGUUUUUACUAGCAGGUGGUUAUUAUAUUCAACAAAUUCCACCAUUCAUCAGUUGGUUGAAAUACAUCUCGUUUAGCCAUUAUUGUUAUAAACUUCUAGUGGAAGUACAGUAUAGCGAAAAUGAGGUUUAUGAGUGUGGAAUGGGCACUCACUGUAGGGUAUUAGAUUUUCCGGGUAUCAAAUAUCUUGGUAUGGGUCACUUGUGGUGGGAUGUCGCUGCUUUGGGUGUAAUGUUGGUGGGGUACAGGAUUGUGGCUUAUGUAGCAUUGAGGAUGAGUAAAUCUCACUAA